UUGAAGAUGACAACGAUGACAGAGAUGAGAGUGCACAUGUGUUGUGCCGGAUGUGAGAGCAAGGUCAGAAAAUCUCUCGAGAAAGUUAAAGGUGUUGAUAGUGUAGAAAUAGAUAUGGCCAUGCAAAAGGUGACAGUAGCAGGAUGGGCAGACCAAAAGAAAAUACUCAAGACAGUAAGGAGAACUGGUAAAAGAGCUGAAAUAUGGCAAUUUCCUCAUAAUCCUGAGAUGAGAAAUAACCCAAAUUUUGUUACUGAUCAUUAUUAUCAUCAACAAGGCUGUGGUGGUCCGUCAACUUAUUACACUGGAGAGCCACCAGCCUCCGAUUAUAACUACCGCAAACACGGCUAUGACAACUAUGGUCGAGCUUAUAGCCUUUAUAGGGGAAAUUCAAAUACUUUUGGUAGCAGAGCUGGUGAUGCAUUUAGUGAUGAGAAUCCUCAUGGUUGCUCCAUUAUGUGAGUAAUUAAUCUUGUUGGUUGAAACCAAAAUUUCCCUUUGAGUUUUUCUUUUUUUUUUCCCACUUUUUUCUUCUUGAAGGUUGAAAGAAAAAUGCCUUCUGGUACCUAUAGACUCAAUUAUCAAGUGUAAUUGUGUAGUAUGUAACCUUUUGAGUAAUAUUUUUGAAAGGAUGCAAGCUUCCAAUUUACUUUCUUAAAGGAUUAUGGUA